AUGUCAAAGUCUUCUCAAAAUUUUGCUGUCGGCGAGCGUUGCGUGUGCAUUUGGCAUGGUGAUAAUCAGCCGUACGCCGCACAGAUCCUAUCAACAAGUGACGGUCACUACGAGGUCCACUACAACGGAUUUACUCCCAAAUGGGAUUUUGUAAUUCCAAUUGGCCAAGAAGAUGGAAAGCUUUUCAAAGGAACACUAGAGGAGUAUGCAGAGAAGUAUGAAGUCGAGGUCUCCGACUGGGCUUUGCAACACUCGAGGAUUCACGACGAUCAGUCAGCAACUCCCAUGCAGAUGGACCCGUAUGGCAGAACGUAUGCUAGGAGGAUCUUCGUGGAAGGCGAUGAUAGUUCGGGGAGACGGAGAUCCAGAAGGUUGACUCUUGGAGGUCCAUCGACGUCGGCAGCGUUUCAAGGAUCAUCGGCCAAGAAGGUGAAGAUUGAGAAGCCUGAUGAUCCCGAAGAAGAGGAGGAGGAGGUCCAUCGUUAUCCAUCUAGAAGACCGAGUCAGAAGAUCCCACUGGUUCAGCAGGAUCAGCUAAUGCCAGGAGCGGAGCAGGAUGGAUCCUCUCGUCGUCUGCAAAGUUGGAAAGUUGUGGUGAAGGAAGAGCCAGAGGACGAGGAGCAAGAAGAGGAGGAGCCAAGAAGGACCUAUAGCCUUCGAAGCCGUACUGUCGAGCCAGAAAAAGAUGCGGAGGAAUCGGAGGAGGAGAAGGCAGAGAUUCAGGAAUCGGAGGAUGAUCCAACUAGAAGAAUGUACUCUCUUCGAAGCCGUGCUGAGGUGAAGGAAGAAGUGGAGUCGGAGGAAUCAGAGGGAUCGGAUCAGGAGAAGGAAGAAGAGGAGCCAGUGGAGCCAAGAAGAUCUCUUAGAAGCCGAACUGUGGAGCCGGACGCCGAUGAGGCAGUGGACUCCGAAGAAGAUGAACUGAAGGAAUCAGAUGAGGGCGACGAACCAGAAGAGGAGGAACUUGAAAUUCCAGAAGAAGAGCCAGAAGCACCUGAGGAGCCAGAGGACGAGGAAGAGGCGCCUAGGAGAUCCUACUCUCUGCGUAGCCAUACUGUGGAGCCGGAAGAAUCCGAAGACGAUGCGACAGAUUAUGAGGAUGCAGAGAAGCAUGUGUUGACGGACGAUGAUGAUGCCGAAGAAGAGCCAGAGCUCCAGGAGCUAGAGCAUGAGCCGGAAGAGCCAGCAGCACCAGAAGACCCAGAAUCAGAAGAGUCUCCAAGAAGAAAGUACCCCCUGCGCACCACCUCCAACAUCCUCGCUUCCCCUCCAAGACCAGCAAAGCGAUCGUUGGUUAAGGAGCUUCAAAGUCCAGCUCCUAGACGUCGAUGCCCCUUCACCAGACCCGACAAUCAGCCCCACUGCUACCCCGACCCAAGCAAGAUCGGAACGCUAGCUGGGUUGUUCAACAAUCGCUCCAAGAUCCGUCUACCAGGAGCGACAUACAUCAUAGAGCACGCUGAUCGGAAGAUGCAGAUUCAUGCUUACUGGUGUACUCCGAUCGUUCCGGCCGAGGUUCCAGUGGAAGAGAUUGUUAAUGAUUAUAUGAUUGCUCAAGGACACAUUCGCUCCAACCAAACGGCCACCCCAGCUCAGAUUGCUCAGCUUGCACCUGGACUCUCCAGAAUGAUUGAACACUUCAAUCAGAAUAUCGGAAAUACUCUGACAGAUGAUGAAAAAGACAAAUUCAUGGAAGUGACGGCUGGCGAAUUGCCCUUCAAAAUCUAUGGAGUCAUUCAUCUGCUCAGACUGCUCAGUAAGCUUCAUGAAUCGACCAUUCCUUUGGAUAGCUAUGAGCUCAUCAAAGAAGAAUCCACAGAUUUCUUGAAAUUCGUCAAUGUGAACUACAAGAAAUACUAUCAGAGAGAUGCCGAGUAUCCGAUUGAUAAGCAUGGUUUCGAAUCCAGAACCGGAAUCCUCUUUCUUGAAAGAGACAUCUAA